UACAGCUGACAGGACAGGAGGGAGGAGCAUGCCUAGGAGCAUGGUGUCAUCUUCGGGAGCAGCGAGAAGUAGUAGCAAAUUCACAUCAAAGCGGCGUCGCGUUGUGCUUGGAAUAUGCCUCGUCCUGCUGCCGACGCAAGGAUGUUGCUUCCAUAAUCUCCCGUCGAGAUGCCGCUUCGAGAGCCAGCUCCGUCGUCAUGUAACCAAAUCAAGGUCGCGGCAGCUGCACAGCCAGGCGCAAGAGCUCGACGGUGGGGAUAGCGGGUCGGUCCCUGGUGUACUCCGCGAUGUUGUCAUCGAGAAAAUCGAGGAGCUGGGUGGCGGGAAGGUACAGCAGGUGCAGGAGACUACGGCUGGACCCGGACUACACAACAGGCACUUCAAGUACACGGCUACCGGCGGGACCUUCAUGGCAAAGAUCGCGAAGGCGAGCCGCUCGAGUCCUCCGACGAACGACUGGCGGGAGGCCAGUCUGGACAAUUUCUUCGCCGAACAAACAGGUCUAGAGGCCAUCUUGGAAACGGGCUGCUUGCGUGCCCCCAAGCCUCUGGCUCUCGGGACGUUGCCCCUCGGUGGUUCUUUCCUGCUCAUGGAACACAUGCCCUUCAUACCCUUCGGACAGUCCAUUCCAGAGGUUUUGCGGAACCUCGCGGAGGGGUUGGCAGCGAUGCACUUGCAAGACCCUCCUCCGUCUUGCGGAGGGUUCGGGUUUGUCGGGGACAAUUUCCUCGGGGGAACGCGUCAAGUCAACACGUGGGACUCGGACUUCUCGAACUUUUUCGUGGAGAGAAGGCUCUCGCCGCAGUUCGCGCAAGCCAGGACGAAGUUCCAGGACAGCUGGGGCACCAAGAAUGAAGACUUCGAGAGAAUAGGAAGGGAGGCCAUCCUAACGGCCAAAAAGGUCCUCGAGCCGGUGGCAAACUCGAAGCCGGCUCUUCUGCAUGGUGAUCUCUGGGUGGGUAACUGCGGAGGCGUGCCGGGAGAGGGAAGACUACGAGAGGCGGCUGUUUUCGACCCCGCGGUAUGGUAUGGUCUACCCGAGUUCGACCUCGCCCUGGCCACGAUGUUUGGCGGAUUCGGGAAACCAUUCUACGAGACGUACCACGCCAUCAUUCCCAAGGCCCCGGGGUUCGAGCGCAGGAUGCGAGUUUACAAGCUUUACCAUUACCUUAACCACUUGAACCUGCACGGUGCAGGGUUCGGCCACGGGGGCACGGUCGAGGACCCAAAAGGGUACUAUGAGCGGAGUUUGACGUUGAUGCAGGAGAUCGUUCAGGACGGCUUUUUAUGAGCGGACGGACUUACAUUAGUUUCGCCACUUGUUCU